AUGCAUAUCUCAAUCUUCUUCGCUGGUUUUUUGAGUCUCGUGCUCCCCGCGCUCAGCGCAGCUAUCGCCGAUCCCCAACAACCUCCAUUCCCCGUGGACGUCCACACUCGCCAACAAGCUCCCACCACCGGCGAUCAGCAUCCCCUCUGCGGCGCCUUCGCAUGGUGGAACAACGGCCAUUGGCAGGAGGAGCAGCUCUGGGAGAUCCGCGAUUGCACCAAGUUCUACGUCAACGUCGGUCGAGUCAACAUGGAAGAGUGGGGCAAGUGCCUCAUCUGCUUCUUCUUCCCGUCCAACGAUUGCUCUGGUCACAACACUCUCACCAUGACUCCCAACCACGGCUGGGUUGACACCAAGGGCGAUGUGUGGAGCUACAAGUGUAGCUUGAAGGAGUGA